AUGAGCGAGGGGGAGAAAACCACCAUACCAGUAAAUUCUGAUAAUGGUAAUAAACCAGCAUCUGAGCCUGUGGCACAGGCAGCAAAUGAAGAGAAAAAACUGUCCAAUAAAGAGCUAAAAGAACUCAAGAAGAAGGAAAAGGCAGCCAAGAGAGCAGCCAAGAAGGAAGCAAGUGGAAUUUCUAUCGAGAAACAACAGCAACAAGCACAACUGAAGAAAGAAAAAAAACAGCACCAGAGGGAGCAGCAACAAGCACAGGCCUCGAAGAAGAAUAAGGAUCAGAAGCCUGCACAUCUGACCAAAAAAUCCAAUCUAUUUGGCCAUUUAGAGACCACUGAUGAACGAAGAGCUUCUUUGCUUGCCGUAACGAGCGCCAUUAGUUCAUCAAGAGCGUCCAGGAUCACGGCUGCCGGGAUAACGCUACCUAUUAUCUCCAGCGCGCCAUUAGGACCACAUUCUUCAGUCAACGCUCCUCAGCCAUCUUCCUCUAGUAGUACCUCAUCAUCAUCUCAGUCUCAUACCACAACAACCACCUCAAAAGAAAAUUCGGUUGUUGAAUUAGCACAAUAUCUGGCUUCUAUGUCAAUUGACGAUGAGUCGUCCUUGGUGCCUGGAACUUCAUCUAUUAUCCCUCAGACUAUUUCAGAAAGCUUUAGUCAGCCACAACUUAGUUCCUCUGUUAAAGAACUUAUCGCUAACAGAGAUCUGCUGCACCCUGCUAUCACACAGUUGACCUCGGACAUUGCAAGCUACAAGAUUGUUGGCUCUAUUCCUCGUUGCUUGGCAAUGUUAGAGACUUUCAGGACGAUCAUAAACGAUUAUAAAACCCCGGCAGGUACGACCCUUAGUAGAAAUUUGACAAACUACUUAUCGCAUCAGAUUGAUUUUUUGAAAAAGGCAAGACCAUUGAGUGUCACAAUGGGUAAUGCUAUCAGAUGGUUGAAGCAAGAGAUUUCCCUCAUUGAUAUUAACACCCCCGAUGCCAAAGCGAAAGACGAUCUUUCUGAACUCAUUUCACAAUUUAUGCGUGAGAAGAUUGAGUUUGCCGAUAAGCUGAUCUUGGAGAACGCUUCACAUCACAUAGAUAAUGGUAGUACUAUCUUAACAUACGGAUGCUCUAAAGUCAUAUGCGAUUUAUUCAUCCACAAUGCUACCGUACUUAAGAAAGACUUCCAGAUCAUUAUUGUGGAUUCUCGACCAUUAUUUGAAGGGCGCAAGAUGACAGACUUAUUGAGAAGCCGCGGCCUUAAUGUCAUGUAUGUUUUGAUCACAAGUUUGGGAACUGUCUUCAACAUGGACAUCGACUACGUUUUCUUGGGUGCACAUUCCAUCUUAUCCAAUGGGUUCCUCUAUUCAAGAGUCGGUACUGCUCUGCUUGCAAUGAGUGCUAAAAGAAGAAAUAUCCCGGUGCUGGUCUGUUGCGAAAGUCUAAAGUUUUCCCAGAGAGUACAGUUGGAUUCUGUCACUUCUAAUGAACUUGCAGAUCCCAACGAUCUGGUUGUCAUCGAUUCUAACAACCCUGUGAAGAGACGCAGUAACAAGGGUUUCUUGUUACAGCAAUUCAUCAAAGAGCGCGAGCAGCAAAGUGCUCCGUCGUCCCAAGACCAGAAGCAAAAGAACAAGGCUGCAGCUUUGCCACGCGUUGAAUCGACGAAAGAAGAGGAAAAACCAAUUUUGGCGGAUUGGCAAAAGUCUCCAAAGUUGAAUAUCUUGAAUAUCAUGUACGACCUAACGCCGCCAGAAUACAUCAAGAAGGUCAUCACAGAGUUCGGAGCUCUGCCACCUUCCUCAGUUCCUGUAAUUCUCAGAGAAUACAAGGGAUCAGCAUAA